AUGGCCCUCUCCCCUCUCGUCCGUGGCUCCAGCGACCUGUUCUUCCGCGAUGCGUUCCGCGAGGCAGACGAUGUGCGCACCCCUUCCCAGGCCUCUCACACUCCGAUGCUUCCCCGAUACACUAACAACAACGCUCCCUCACCGCGGUCCUUUCUCGAGAACAAGGACGGAUACACCCUCAAGGCCGACAUGCCCGGCACCAAGAAGGAGAACAUCAGCCUCGAAGUUGACGGUAACAUCAUCCGCAUCGGCGUCAGUGAGGAUGAGGGCGUAACCGAAGAGUCGGAAUCACCUGAUAAGAAAUGGCACCGGUCCGAGAGGAGGGAGUUUCAUUCGUUUCAGAGUCGCGCGCUCCGCAUGCCCGAGAACACCGACUUCUCCAAGAUUGAGUCCAAGUACGAGAACGGCACUCUGCAGAUCGACGUCAAGAAGCAGCCGACGCCCAAGCACCCGGAGCCCAAGAAGAUCUCCAUCAAGUGA